CCAAUCUUUCCUUCUCAGCAGAGGAGAUGUGGAGUCUGAGGGGAAGGGACCAAGGGGCUGCAGAAAGGAUCUUACAGUGGAGAGGAGGGGGCCAUCCAAUGAUCCACUCAUCAAUCAAAUCAAAGAGGAAAGAGGAGGGCUUGGCAAAAGCAUCUAAAUACUCUUGCAGUGGAGAAAAUACAUGGUAGCCAAAAGCUCAUUAAUUGAGCAGAGAAAAGAUGGCAAGAAUCAAUAUCUGGCAGUUGAGGGCAGACACAUUGGAAAUAAGGCAUAAAUAUUUUACCAGGAGGAGCGAUUAAUCAUCAGAAGAAAAGUGGAGCAGCAGAGGUGGGGUCAGCCCCUCUUUGCCUUUUGCAUCACAACCUGCAGAGUUUCUCCCACAGCCCCGAGGCUGGGCCAGCAAGAGGGACUGGAUCGAACCACACCGAGGCCCUGAUUGGGUGAUUUAAUUAGAGGAUGAUGCAUUUAUCUCUCAUCAUGGUGGAGCCAUGGAUAAGAGUGCCCCGAUGGCUCUUUCUGAGCAACACCCAUGAAAUCCCUGGUGGCACUUGGCAGAUGCUUCUUUUACCUUUGUCUCUUGGUCACCAGUGGUUUUAUUCUCACAGAUCUGUGGUGAAGGCUCUUCUUGGUGUCCAGCAGAACAGACUGAGAUUCAGGAAAACAAAUGUCAGUGAGCAUCCCAGCAUGCUGGGGGAAAGAGCUGGUUCAGGGCUUGUUUGUCCACCUGUGGGUCAGAGCAUCCCCAGCCUGGCAUCCUUGGGACACGUGUGCUUAGGAGAAAGAGAUAAAGGUCACAGGGCUGUGGCUGCUUCCAUCUCCUCCCCUUCUCCUUUCCUUUCUUUUUCUCCUGCUUCCUCUCCUUUCCUUUCCUUCCUCCUGCUGUUCUCUCCCGGUCUCCCAUGUGAUGGGGUUGGUGCUGUUGGUUAUAAGGGGUGCAGAUGUGGCUCAGCAGCCCACAUGCAAACAUCAGGACCGUGUUGCAGAACCUCUGAGCCUUCCAAACCCAGCACACUGCGAGCAGCCGACGUCUCUGAGCCACCCAGGACCUCUCUCCUCUUGCUCUCUCAGAAACGUGACAGACGCCUGCCCAGGAUGAUGCACAACGAGGAGCAAAGAUUGUUUUGAGAAGGAGGAUAAAUGGAAGGGAAAAAGGCACGUGAGAAGGAUGGCAAGCUGUGCUUCAUGACCACCUCCCGCACCAUGUUUUACGGGCCGUCCUCCACCAUGGCUCCGCCGUCCAAGAGCCGCCUGAAGCGCCAGAGCCGCCUCUUCUCCCAGGUGCUGUACCGCACCCUCAGCUACAAGGACCGCAGCGCGGCCUCCCCGGCGGCCGCCGAGGACGACCCGGCCGAGCUCUCCACCCAGCUCUCGGCCCCCGGAAUCCUCAAAAUCUUCGGGGGCAACAUCUGUGCGGGCACCAACUACAAGAGCGUGCUGGUGACGGGCAGCUCGGGGGCGCGGGAGCUGGUGAAGGAGGCCCUGGAGCGCUACGGCCUGAGCCAGCUCAGCGCCGCGCAGUACGCGCUCUGCGACGUCAUCGGCCGCUUCCAGGGCCCCGACAAGCAGUGGCACACGGAGGGGCUCAGGGUGCUGGGCGACCACGAGAAGCCACUGCUCAUCCAGGACCUCUGGAAGCCCAGGGAGGGCUUCUCGCGCCGGCUGGAGCUGCGCAGGAGGGCGGAGGUGGAGGAGAUGGCGGCCAGGGAUGUGGAUACCACCACGGCAGGCAUCAACGCCCAAGCGCGGAAGCUGCAGCGGCACCGGGCGCGGGGGGCCCGGCGGGCGGCGGGGGCUGAGCGGCGCGGGCCCCCCCCGGCCCUGCGGCGCAGCCUCAGCGAGACCAGCCUGGGGACCCCGGUUCGGCGGGCAGGGAGCGGGGCCGGGGCCGGCAGCGGGGCCGGCAGCGGGGCCCGGCUCCAGCGGCACUGCUCCACCCUGCCCGGCAGCCCGGCGGCGGCGCGGAGCGGCGGCAGCAGCAUGCGGUACUCCCUCUACCAGUCCCCGCACCUCCUGCUCCUGCAGGGCUACAGCCAGCAGCAUGACAGCCUGGUGUACCUGCUGAACCGCGAGCAGCACACGGUGGGCCAGAGGACACAGGCGAGCAAGCCCAGCAUCAGCCUGUCAGCCCCCGACAUCCUGCCCCUGCACUGCACCAUCAGGAAGCUCCGACCUUCGCGGCAUCGCUCGGACGAGAAGCUGGUGCUGGAGCCCAUCGCCGGCGCUGGCAUCGCCGUCAACUUCUCCGAGGUGGCCCGGACGGUGGUGCUGCGACACGGGGACCUGCUGUCCCUCGGCCUCUACUACCUGCUCCUCUACAAGGAUCCCAUGAAGGCGCAGCCGCUGCCGGCGCAGACCCUGCUGAGGCUGCGAGCCCUGCACCCCGAGGGUCCCCACGUGUGCGGGGCGUGUGGCAGCCUGCUCAGGGAGAAGGACCCUGCUGCCAAAAAGCGGGGCCCCUCGCCCAGGACGCCCCGCAGGAGGCUGCAGCUGGAGUUCGAGCCGGCGGCCGAGGAUGUGCUCCUGCGGCGCAUCAUGACCCUGAUCGAGCCCGGAGGGGAUGACCACAAGCUGACACCCGCCUUCCUGCUCUGCCUCUGCAUCCAGCACUCGGCCACCAACUUUGAGCCAGGAGACUUCGGGCAGCUGCUGCUCAAAGCGGCCAAAAUGAUCCAGAGGACGGUGUGGGAGCGGACACGGGAGCUGGCUGAAAAGCAAUCCCAGCACCAGGACCCUGCCACGCUGUCCCGCUUCACCAUCACAGACCUUCUGCCAGACCUGCAGCACAUCAUCUUCUGGAUGGCCAACGCCAUCGAGAUCCUCUACUUCGUCCAGCAGAAAUCACCCACCUACAUCCAGAGCAUGGAGGAAGAGCUGGACAUCAAAGGCUCCAAGGAGUCUCUGUUCUCCUCGACCAUCACGGCCAGCGAGGAGGCGAUGACGGUGCUGGAGGAGGUGAUCAUGUACACCUUCCAGCAGUGUGUCUACUACAUCUCCAAGUGUCUGUACGUGUCGCUCCCUGCCCUGCUGGAGUGCAACCCCUUCCAGAGUGAGUGCCGGGAGAGCUGGCGGGGCACCCCGCCGCUGCCCGAGGAGCUCCGCAGGGUCGUGCUCAUCUACCAGGCUGUGCUGGACCUGCUCCACCAGUACGAAGUGCACCCUGAGAUCACCUCCCAGAUGUUUGCCUACCUCUUCUUCUUCUCCAACACCCUGCUCUUCAACCAGCUGCUGGAUAAGGGCUCCUCUCUGGGCUGCUACCACUGGUCUCAGGGGGUGAAGCUGCGGGCCAGCGUGCGGCUGCUCCUGGACUGGCUGCGCAGCGCUGGCUUCGAGCAGCUCUCCCAGCAGUUCUUCGCCAAACUCGCCAGCGUGGCCAACCUGCUGGCCAUGCCUGGCUCCCAGCUGGUGCAGAUGACCUGGUCAUCCCUGCGAGCUGAGUUCCCAGCACUGAGCCCUGCACAGCUGCACCGGGUGCUGAGCCAGUGCCAGGCAGUGAUGGACGUGGGCUGCAUCUCAGCCUGGCAGCCCAGUGAGGAGGAGAGCCCAGCCACCUUCCAGCCUGAUGAGAUGCUGGAAUCCUUUGACAACCACCCACCCAUCAUCCUGCCCAGCGGGGGAUUCAAAGUGGACCUGGAGGUGGAGACGUUGGACGACAACAUCUACAGACACCUCCUGUACAUCCGCCACUUCCUCUGGAGCCUGCAGAGCAGGAGCCCCCACACCAGCGAGGGGUCAGGCUCAGCACUCCCAAAGAAAGAGGCAUGCACGACGCCGGAGGUGCUGGAGGUGAGCGAGGUCCCGGCGGCCGCCCUGGGCAGCACCAUCGCCCCGGAGGAUUAUUGCUCCCUGGGCGGCUGUGCCGAGCCGGAGGGCAACCCCCAGCUCUGCCUGGCCACCAGCGAGCCCCCCGCCGGCGAGCCGCAGCUCCAGGAGAAGCUCAAGCAGCUGCAGCUGGGCAGGAGUCCUGUCCCCAAGGGCAGCACGGCACCCACGGACUCCUCCUGCCUGCUCACACCGCCCACCACCCCCCUGAACUUCGACUCCGGCAGCCCGGAGUCCCCGCAGGGCACGGGCAAAGGGCUGCAGGACCCCCGGAGGAACGGCAUGAACGGCACCAAAGGCAGCACCCCCGAAGGCUGCUCGCCGACCCCCUAUGACUACCCCACGCCGGAAUCCUCCAGCCGCAGCUCGGCCACCGACGACUUCUGCUACGUGUUCGUGGUGGAGCUGGAGAGGGGACCCAUCGGGCUGGGCAUGGGGCUGAUCGACGGCGUGCACACACCUCUGUGCUCCCCGGGGAUCUACAUCCGCACGCUGAUCGAGGACAGCCCCGCGGCUGCCGACGGCAGGCUCUCCAUCGGGGACCGCAUCCUGGCUGUCAACGGCACCAGCCUCAUCGGGGCAGACUACCAGAGUGCCGUGGACCUCAUCCGCUCCGGAGGGAAAAAGCUGCGGUUUCUGGUUGCCAAGUCGGACAUUGAAAUAGCCAAAAAAAUCAGUUCCAGCUCCUCUUCCUCUUAGUCCUUGUGGUCCAAGGAUCCUUCUGCAGCAGCUUGUGGCUACAGCUCUGGUUAAGGCUGACCUCAGGGAGCCUGGAGUGUGAGAGGACCAGGACUCCCCAACAGCCCUCGAUGUGCUUUUGGACACUUUGCCCCUGCACUGCAGCUGAUGAAAGGACACACAAGGAUGGUGCACGCUUCUCCCACUGCACUGGCUGGGAGCAUCAUUCCUGAUCCAUUGCCCAGCUUCACCUUAUACCCAGUGCUGUCCUUCUCAGGAGCUUUCCUGUUCCUUUGUCCCCUCUGGCAGGGGGAGGGAAGGGAAUGCUCCCAUCAUGGGGACUUGUAGGCAGGCUCCUCUUUUCCUCUAGGCUGACAGCCCUGCGUGAUAUUUCAUGCUGGCAGGCAGAAGGCUUGAAAUAACUUUGGGUUUUGAAGAGAACACGUGGGGCAGGCCUGGGCUUCGCUGUGGCAGUGGCCACCUGAGGUGCUGGCACGUCAGGCUGGAAAAGUGUGCCCAGCUCUGGGAGUGGUGAAGGCAGCACAAGCACCCAGGAGUGGGAUUCCACACAGGAUGCAUGGCCAGGAGUUAAUUCCUGGUGCCAUACACUAGCUCAGGUGCCUUUCUGCUGCUGGGCUGCAGCCCUGCCUCAGGAUGGGAAGCAGCUCAAGCAAAGGGCUGACACCACCAGCAGUUCCUGCGAGUCCUGGGGAGAGCUCUCUGCAGAGAAGGACUCCCUUGCCCUUGCUCUGCAGAUUUACUGCCCGGCUCUGGCACCACGAUCCCGGCUGAACUGAUGUCCUGCCAGGACUGAUGGCAGGAUGUUCCCACGGAGGAUUGGUGCCACCAGGAACCUGAGUGAGCCCAGCAGCACUCGGCACUGCCACCAGCCCAGGCAGACAAAUGACAGCUUGGCACCAUGUCCUGCUCCUCCUCCUCCAGCUUUGCCAGCCCAUUGCAAGCCACCCUGUUUCGUGCCGUGCUCGGAGCAUCUCCCAGACGUGUGUCGCUGAAAUGCCGACAGGUGAUGAUGGGCAGCGGAGACUCCCUUUGGGAGGACCUGUGAAUAUCCCAGAACUGCUCUGCUGCCGAGCCGGGUGUCAGCUCAGCCGAGGGCUCAGCUCCAUCGUGUGGCUACCCUGGGCUCCGCACGCCCAGCCUCCUGCCCGCCGAGCCCGUCUGCUUUUAGCACCAUUAACGGGAUAAACCCGACCUGAUUUCCACAUAUAGACAGAUACCGAGACCUAGUUUAGCCGAACGCUAUUAAAACAGCCUGCAGCAAACCUUCCAUCACACCUUGCACGGUCCAGGCUCUGGCAGUGCAUCAGAUACUCACAUGGCAUCUCACAACAACAGAGCUCUGAGGAGUGUGAUGCUAAAACAGGGUUGGCUUUAAUUACACCUUGCUGCUGCAGUUUUGGCUCCUGUGCUUAGUCUUGCACGUUGCAGGAGGAGAGAGAUGUCAAAACACUCCAUGCAAGGGAAAUGCUCCACUACUGGAUUUCAAUGCAGCCUGGCCUGCUUUUCUAGGCAAGAUGGACCAGGCACCUUCUCUGAGACACGAGUGCCUUGCUGCUCUGCUGGGCCAUGCUCACAGCCCUGGUGUGGGGUGCUGCCCCAGCAGGGACUGGGAGCAGUGCAUCCUCCUGCCACUGACUCAGCUCUACCAGGCAGGUGAGCAAAGGCUCAGGGCUCCUGGUGAUUCACUUCACUUUCAAGCAAGUAGGUAUGCUGGCCUGUCAUCCUCCACAGAACUUGAAAUGGGCUUCCUAAAGCCCCUGGGCAAACUGCAUGCACUCCUUAAUCCCCUCUGCCCCAGAGCCAGGGCUUGGGGGGAGGCUUGGUUUGCACUAGACAGUGUUGAGGCUGCAUCCUGGCACGUUCCAGCAGUACCAGUGCAACCCACUGAGCACCCCUGGAGCUGGAAAACAGCCCCAGGGCUGUGUGUCGUUCACAGUGCAGUCAGGUAUUGAAACAGACUGUAAAUAAACCCUGCUAUUUACUAGUGUGCAUGAGGGCUGGCUUCUCUCAGGAGGAGUGGGAUGGAUUGACUUCCCUGUGUGUUAAUAUGUACAGCUGAGAUGUGUAUAAAGCUCUGGUGCAGAUACUGAGCACAGCAUGGCGCCUGUCGGACACGGUGGAUGUUAAGAAAUGCUCUGUGUCAACAAUAAACUGGAUCAAUAAAUCUCUCUAAGCCCUGCUCUGGCA